UAUGCCCUUAGAUUUUCAUGUCAUAAGCAUCUACAUUGAUAUAUAUCCAACACCCAUUUUCCGUUUCAAUCGUUCAAUGCUGUGAUUUACCCUUUUAGGGUUUUAUCUUUCUCUACUUGGCCAAUUUUCUAUAUAUAUAUUUUUAAAAUUUUGUUUGAGUUUUUAAUUUCAUGGUUUAGUUGGUAAAUUUUUGGUGUUUAUGUAGUUUUUUCCACAUAUGAUAUGCUAAGCUGAGAUUUUUGUGUGUAUCAUGAUCAGGGGGUUGAGAUUUUACUGAUUUUGGAGAAAUUAUGAAGUAGGGUUAGGUUAUGUGUAUACGUAUUAUACAUUGAAGGUUUAAAGGAUUGGGUUGAUAGCAUUUGUAAUUUUUGUAUCAUAUAACUAAUAUGAUGAGUGGGGAUAAUUCUGCUGAUGAGUUUCAGAAAAACCGACCUGUUUUGGGUGAUAUAACUAAUCGGCCAGGGAAAAGGGGGUUGCUGUUAAUUUCGGGCAAUUCGGGUAUUAAAUCUGGAGAUGGGGUUCAUAAAAUUGUUGACGAUAAGGAAGGGGAUUCGGAGUUUGCAAAUCAAGUGUGUUUAGGGGUGGAUAACGUAGUCAACGAGAAAUGUAGGAGCAAUUGUGUUGUAGAUGACAACCAAAUGGGUAAGAGAGCUUGUGUUUCGCCACGGCCUUGUAGUGAGAUUAAUUCAUUAAGGGGAAAUAUCGUAUCUGGUAUCUCGAAAAUACGCAGUGAGGUUAAGGACUCCAUCACAGACAAUGUUGUGGAAGCUGGUGAUGCCUCAAAACAUGGUUGUGUUUCUAGCAUUUCAAUUUCAACGGGUUCCGGAUCAAAUGCUACCGAUUCUUAUGAUCUUGAAGAGAAAGGCAACCAUGAUGAAGGAAGAGAAACUUGUAAAGUUGCACAAAGUGAUCCCCACAGUGAACACUUAGAUGCUCAUGUUUCCAGGAGCGACAGCAGGGAUCAGGGUGUUGAUAAUUUGGCCUCAAGUGAAUAUGAGUCUGUCGAGUGCUCAAGACUGCCAAUGUCACAGGAGUCUAGAUCCUUUGAAUUAGAAAGAUGCAUUGGAAUAAAGGGCGACGGAAGCUCUAAUUCAAGUGUGGGUGUUGACUUGAUCAAAGCUUGCUCCUGUUCUUUUUGCAAAAAGGUUGCUUAUAUUUGGUCAGACCUCCACUAUCAGGAUAUGAAGGGCCGAAUAGCUGCAUUAAAGAAGAGUCAGAAAGAAGCGGGCAUUUUGGUUCACAGAAGUUGCAGGGAUAAAGGGAUCGACAGACAUGGUCAAGGAAAUUCCAAUAAAUUCUCUAAAUUAGAAUCCGAUCUCAUGGGUCAGUGGAGAUCACUCUUUCUUCACAUGGAGGAUAUACUUGUUCGUGAAAGCAGCCAGCUUGAAGCCAGUCUACUCACACUAAAAGAUCUGAGAGAGAAUUGCAAGACGGAACUGGAGAUGAUUAAUGUGAUGCCUUUGGAGAAACAAUAGUGUGCUUCUGCUGCUUGCAGUGUUAGUAAGAAUGUUUAGCCACCCUAAUUUUAGUGAUUUGUUUGUACUUGUUUGCUAGUUAUACCUUGUUGCCAUUAGAAGAUCUCCUGAAAUUUCUGCCGUUCUCACAUAUGUAAAAUAUAAGCAGCAUAUAUUAUAUGUGCUAUUGUCAUUUUGGCUGAUGCCUGAUCAAUAUUUGUGUACUUCGAAAUUAAAAAUUGUGCUUUUUUCAUCUAGUAUUUUGUUUAUUGAUAUUC